GUGUGUGGACUGCUCUAUGUGUGUGUAUUUCCCAAUUUUUUUAAUGAGCAGAAACUGGCGCAGCUGAGAUUGUUUUAGUUCACAGGUGUCCAUACAUGCACAGCUGUUCACAGACAAAAAAACUUACAGAAAAAAAUAGCAUCUUUAUUUUUAUGUGCAGCAAUUUGGAAGAAUACUAUAUUAUAAAUAACUUUUUAUUAGAUUUUAACUUCAAAAGUGUGUCUGUGUGUUUUGAUAUAUAGUAUUUAAAAAAAGCUACAAUUCUGUCACUGUGGUGGUGUGCUAAAAUACAAAAGCUGAAAUGUACAUCUUUGUGCCUUAUUUACCCCUAAAUAGCACAUAUUACUACCUUAAAUGUAAAUAUUAGUACUUUAAAAGUACAUAUUAGUAACAGAAGUGUACAUAUUACUACCUUUUGAAAGGGUACUGUUUUGUAUCUUUUUUCUGGGUGUAGGAUAACAUAAAAACACACUAUUUAGAAAGACGAAGAGAAAGGAGCUUUAAGAAAGGCUGUCUGAUGCAGACAGAAGGCCGUUGGUGUGAUAAAUGGUGUGUGACACUGAAAUGGGGUAAACAGUGCUGAAGAGUAGUCCUGAGCAAAAACGUAAAGCAUAUGUUACCACAGACACAUGAGCGCAGAACUGCACAAAUCACGUUGCAGUUUCCUGCCCUGUGUAUGACAAAGAAAAUGUCAGUGUAGCUCUGAGACCCUGAACAGAACACACACUCAUCUCAUCACAACUCCUCAUGUCAAUAACCGGACGUCUUCUUUUACCUCUCAGGCCAAUCAGACAGAAGGGAGGCGUCAACAUUUAAAUAGAAAUAUUUUGGCCUGUAAGUGAACACAUCCGCUGCACAACUUUGAAGAGGAACGAUAGUAUUUUGCUCAUAAGAUCCCCUCCAUCCUCUCUGGUUCUGCUCUGAGGACAGAAUGAUGUUGUGCUGGAUACUAAUAUCACUGUUUGUUGGAUUUCUUAAAGCACAAGAAGUAAUUUAUGCACAGGUAGGAGGGACUGUUACCCUACCUAGAGAGGAAAUAAAAGCAGAAAAUGUUUAUGUGAACUGGUACCGCGGGAACAACGAAUCUAUAACUAUCGCUAGGAAUCCUCAGAGUGGAAUCAUAAGGGGUAAAGAUACGAAGACAAACAUCGAUCUGUCGCAAGAUUUCUCUCUUAAAAUCUCACCAGUACAGGAAUCUGAUUUUGAAAUUUGGCGCUGUGAACAACAUGUAUUAACAAGUACUUUUAAAAAGACCUACAAACUGUACCAUGUCACUAUACCCAAAGUGCCUGCUGUGAUAAUUGGUGAAUCUCUGUCUCUGGAAUGUCAAAUGGAAUAUAAUCUAGUUAAACCCAAAGUGACAUGGAUUCCACCGGAAAACACACAUUGUUAUCAAAGAAAUCUUAAGGGCGAGAAAAUUGUAGUCAACAGUGUGUCUAAAUGUCAUAGUGGUGUUUGGACAUGCAAGUUGGAGUAUAUGAAGAAAACAUAUUAUACGGAAGCAACAACAACUGUUUAUGUAAUAGACCUCCCCUCUUCUCAAGAUCCCAUUUACAAAUCAUCCUCUAAGGUCCUCAUUCCUUGUUCUUUGUCUUCUAACAUUCCCUGGUCCAUCUUGAAUGAAACCGGUCUCAUCAAUGGUAUCUGGAGCUUCACUCCUCUCAGCGACCCGAAGUCAACUCAUUCUCUCCUCAGCCUUAGCAUUGGUUCGGUGGUCAGAUGGAAUGUAAUACAGGACACAGUCAGUCCUGUCAAGGCCAAGGAAAUCGAGUUUAAAGAUAAUGAUCUAUCGAUUCAUCUGCCAGUAUCAGAGAACAUAAGGGGGGUUUACACAUGUGAUCUGAUAUUUAGCAGAAAGACUCUCAGCACAAAAGUUCAGGUGGAGGUUUUGAAGGGUAAGUGAAAAGUCUUGGGGGUCUA